AUGAUGCAACACCCGUUCCAGUUUGCUAAUGAGCCCCAAGCCUGCAACGCCACGAGCGGCCACGAGAGGGCGGCCCUGCGCCGCGGACGGCGGCCCCGGCGCCGCGUGCUGCGAACCUUGCAUCAGCUCCCACGUGCGCUGUCCCCGCAGCAGGGCAGGCGUCCGGCCAGUGCGGCCUUCCCGGUGCACGUGCGGCCUGCGGUGGCACUCACGCCAGAGGUCCUCGGUGCGCCCGGGGACCUCACCUGCAGGCCGGCCGGGAGGGUCCCCGCCGGGGAUAGCCAGGAAAAGUGGCUUUUCCCAGUGUCCGAGUUGGACCUCCGGGAUGAACCGUGUAGGCUGCCGGUGGUGGAUGGGGGAGGGGGUGCUUGGCUGCAGCCCUGGGCCCCGGGAGAGUCUGGGGAAAAGGGCAGCAACCAGAUCCCAGGAUGUUUGCCGUCCCUGCUGUCCCUUCCGUCACCACCCCCGGUGGCUGUGCAAGCCCGUGGGUUAGUUUGUUCAACUGUUCUGAAGCCAAGCGGUGCAGAAAGGCUCCCAACUGGUGAGGAGAGCGCAGGCCGAGGGCUCCCCGAGGCUGUUGGCGGGGUGAUCCUGACCGUCCCCAGUAGCGUCUCCGUCUUCACAGUGCUCCGGCUCUGCUGGGAGGACGCAGCUCCCAGCGGCAGCCACACGCCCUUCUCCGCCCGCCUCCCGGGGCUUUCUGGCGCCUUCCGCCCUCUGCUCGCCCGCCGGCCCCCUCCCCUUGCCCCAGCCCUCCGGCACUUCCACCUGCGGCUCCACCGGCGCUUUUGUUCCUGCUGCCCUGCGUUCGUUUCCCAUCAGGUGCCCGUGUUCUCGUUCACGGUCAUUUUAGACUUCCGACAAGUCGCCGAGACCUUCCGAGAGUCCUUGUGUGCUCAUCUCCUGCGACCACAGCGAGUGGGUCGGAAGGAGAGACGCCCACCAGGGCCUGACUGUCCGCCGCACCCCCGACCUCAUCUGGAUGUUGCUGGCCUAUCCACAAACGUCCUUGGUCCGGUCUCCACCGCGACCCCACGCCGGAGACCGCACUUUCAGAACUUUUGGCUAGCAGCCGCCUACCCACCGGAUGCUUCCCCAGACCUCACAGUCAACGCACUGAUGCAGGAUGUCAUCGGAGACUCCCUUCCAAGCCCCACAUAGAGGCUGGCAGGAGGAGCUCUUCGCUCCAAAAGACUAAGGACAAUCUCUUCUUACCGAGGCCGGGCCCUCCUGAGGACCUGUAUCCUAGCAAACCCAUGUCUUUGUCCAACUACCCCUAAAUCAUUGGGUUCAGCUCAAAACAUCCAAAGAAACUCAGGGGUAAGAUGCAGAAACCCGAAUGUCUCCCAGCUGUGCACCCAGGACUCCCAGCACUGGUUUCUGCUCCCAGGGGCCCCGGAGCACAUGGGUACCAGAAGGUCCAUGAUUUCGUUCACGAGGUCACUCUGUUUCACCAUGACAGUGCAAUGGGGCCAGAACAUUUGGGGCUCCAAGCUGUGCCAGUCACCAGAGGAGACUGCUGUCCGAGUCAGGGAUCACAGUAAAGCCGGUAACCCGUGGGGCCAUCCCUGGGCAGGGCAGAACUGUGUACCCAACGCUGCCCCGCCCUGCCGGCCCCAAGUGCAAAAACAGGACAUCCUCCUGACCCCCAGGGUCACAGGGUAGCUGAAGAGCCUGGGGGAGGAUCUGAGAGCAGAGCCUGGAGCAAGUGACAAGGGGGAAGCGCUGUCCGGAGAGCCCGGCACAGGGAACCCACGACCAGUGUGAGCUCUCAUGGCCCUGAUGGGGCACCAGGGCGAUGGGGGCUGGCUUCCCCGUCCCUGUCCCUGGCCUAGGCUAGGCCGGUUCCCUGCUCCCCCGCUCCCAACCCCGCAGAGACACAGUUAGUUCUAGACGAGCGCCUUUCGUCCCCGCCCCACCCCAGACCCCUUGCAAGCUUCCGGAAAGCCCCUGCUUUGUUUUGCAAAUCAGGGGACUGAGCACAAACAAAGGAAGUGCAGGUUCAGGAGGCUGCGGGCAGCCGGGAUGCGGUGGGGAGGGGUCCUGUACCCUCCUCCCAGCCCCCAGGCCAGACGUGCCGCGUGUGCUCAGGCGGCUGUGUCCCCUCCGCCCAGGAACAUUCCCUGUGAGCACCCAUGGUCCCCUCGGGCUCCCCCCACGGCUAACCCUCUCCAACCAUCACCGCUCCGUGUUCUGCACAAAGAGACCAGAACAAACGCCUUCUGGCCCCAGCGGUGGUGUGAGAAGUCCGACACCCAGGGAGAGUAAACCCAUUCUUGGGAGCACAGAGGGGGCUGGGCGACGGCGACGUGUCGCUGUAGGCUCUGACGGUAGCCCGUUACUGCUCAAAAAAGUAAAGUCCAUACAAUUUUUUAAAAAAUUAAAAAAAAUCAAGGCAAGUCUCUGUAGCUUGGCUGGUGCCGUUCCCAUGAGGCUGGGGGUCCUGUGCCCUUGGGCCAAACGUCACCUCUCUCCCCCUCCAUGCCCGCAGGGGUGGGCGGCGCGGUUUCUUUAAGGGCAGGACACCACGUGCAGGCAGGGCCCAUGCAGCCCUCUGGGCCUGAGGGUCCCCCCACGCCCACCACAGUCUCCUGCUCAGGCCACCAGGGCCAUGCACCACAGCAGGGACAGACCGGCUCUCCCAGGGCUGAAGGCAGGAAGGCUGAGGCCGAGCUGUGGGCGGGUCCUCUGGCAGGUCCCUCCUUGGCCUGCCCAGUCCCAGGGCUUCACGGAGUCAUUGCUCUGUGCCACCGUGAGAUCUCAGGUUAAGGGAUCAGCUAAUGCCAUGUUAACCAACCCCUCUUGGGGGACCCUAUCUCCGAUGGAGGGGACUUGCGGAGGAGAUGGGGCUUGGCUCUUCCACGUGUGAAUUUUGCAGAGAUACAAUUCUUGUCCUCGGAGCCACACGACUCUGUGCUCGUGCUCACGUCCUCUCUCUCUCUCU